AAGCCCAGCGCUUCUCCCACCUGCCUAAGCGCUCAGCCGUGGACAUCGAGUUCGUGGAGCUGUCCUAUUCUGUGCGGGAGGGGCCCUGCUGGCGCAAAAGAGAUGAGGGACCUGGAGCUCAGAGAGGUUAAGCAACUUGCCUGAGGUCACACAGCUGGUAAGUGUGGAGCCAGAAUUUGAACCCAGAUCCACCUGACUCCAAAGCGGUGCUCUAAUUGCAUAUGCUGCCUCCCAAUGAAUGAAUAAAAGGUGAGAUUUUACUGGGCCAUGUUAGGGGCUGGAGAGACAAGCCUGUUGGGAAGAGAGAGGAUGAAGAAGGAGGCUUUUUCAGAAUGAGGCAAAGGUUCAAUAACACACACUCACUAAACACGACUGGGCAUCUACUACCUUCCAGGUAGUCUGCUGAGAUUUCAAAGAUGAGUAAGACACAGACCCUGCCCCCAAAGCAGCUCACUGUCUAAGGGCUGGGGUAGGGGUGGAAGGGUGAUAGGCACAUUAAGUAUGGCAUACGCUGGCAUAUGAGAAGUGCCAUGGGACACAGGAGACAGUCAGGCAGCUUGGGCUUUCCUGGAGGGAGUGACAGUGACUGCUGUGAUUACAGAAGAAGACCAGGGUCUCCUAUAACUUUGAUCCCUUCUCCACACCCAUCCAUGAGAUGUAUGGGCUUCCCCACAGCCUUCGGAUGAGGACUGUCACCUCUGGUAUUUUUUUAUUAGUGGUUGUUUCUAAGGGGACAGGAUGAGAGGGAUGGGUUAUUGUUGGAGCUCCUCCUUCCUAACCAGGAACACAGAGUGAGGACUAUCUAUUUCACUGACAGCCAUGGCUUCCCCUAAGACCUGUGGGGGUGCCUCUUUCACUGUAGCCCUGACCACACAUCCCUCCUUUACCUCACUGCAGGUUAUAAGACCCUUCUCAAGUGUCUAUCAGGUAAAUUCUGCCGCCGGGAACUGAUUGGCAUCAUGGGCCCAUCGGGGGCUGGCAAGUCCACAUUCAUGAACAUCUUGGCAGGAUACAGAGAGUCUGGAAUGAAGGGGCAAAUCCUGGUCAAUGGGCGGCCACGGGAGCUGAGGACCUUCCGGAAGAUGUCCUGCUACAUCAUGCAGGAUGACAUGCUGCUGCCACACCUCACGGUGUUGGAGGCCAUGAUGGUCUCUGCUAACCUGAAGCUGAGUGAGAAGCAAGAGGUGAAGAAGGAGCUGGUGACCGAGAUCCUGACAGCGCUCGGCCUGAUGUCCUGCUCCCACACGAGGACAGCCCUGCUCUCCGGUGGGCAGAGGAAGCGCCUGGCCAUCGCCCUGGAGCUGGUCAACAACCCACCUGUCAUGUUCUUUGAUGAGCCCACCAGCGGUCUGGACAGCGCCUCCUGUUUCCAAGUGGUAUCCCUCAUGAAGUCCCUAGCCCAGGGGGGCCGUACCAUCAUCUGCACCAUCCACCAGCCCAGUGCCAAACUCUUUGAGAUGUUUGACAAACUCUACAUCCUGAGCCAGGGUCAGUGCAUCUUCAAAGGCGUGGUCACCAACCUGAUCCCUUAUCUGAAGGGGCUCGGCUUGCACUGCCCCACCUACCACAACCCAGCUGACUUCAUCAUCGAGGUGGCCUCUGGCGAGUAUGGAGACCUGAACCCCAUGCUGUUCAGGGCUGUGCAGAAUGGGCUCUGCGCCAUGGCUGAGAAGAAGAGCAGCCCUGAGAAGAACAAGGUCCCUGCCUCCUGCCCCCCUUGCCCUCCAGAAGUGGAUCCCAUUGAAAGCCACACCUUUGCCACCAGCACCCUCACACAGUUCUGCAUCCUCUUCAAGAGAACCUUCUUGUCCAUCCUCAGGGACACGGUGAGGCGUCAAGUUGUGCGAGAGGAGGCUGGCAUAGGCCUGGCCUCAUGGGCUGUAGGAUCCAAGCAGCUGGGGUGGGAAUGCGGACCCUCCCUCUGCAGCAGUCCCCCAGUGCACCUGAGGGUCUAUGUGCCUGUGAGGGCAGCUCCGAGUUCCUACUCCAGCAUGGCCUGCCCUUCCCUGGCCUGUGACACAUCCCCUGUCUUGGUGACGCCCUCCCCACAGGUCCUGACUCACCUGCGGUUCGUGUCCCACGUGGUGAUUGGUGUGCUCAUUGGUCUCCUCUACCUGCAUAUUGGCGAUGAUGCCAGCAAAGUCUUCAACAACACCGGCUGCCUCUUCUUCUCCAUGCUGUUCCUCAUGUUUGCUGCCCUUAUGCCAACUGUGCUCACCUUCCCCCUAGAGAUGGCAGUCUUCAUGAGGGAGCACCUCAACUACUGGUACAGCCUCAAAGCGUACUACCUGGCCAAGACCAUGGCCGAUGUGCCCUUUCAGGUGGUGUGCCCGGUGGUAUACUGCAGCAUCGUGUACUGGAUGACUGGCCAGCCAGCUGAGACCAGUCGCUUCCUGCUCUUCUCAGCCCUGGCCACCGCCACUGCCUUGGUGGCCCAAUCUCUGGGGCUGCUGAUCGGAGCUGCCUCCAACUCCCUGCAGGUGGCCACCUUUGUGGGCCCAGUUACUGCCAUCCCUGUCCUCUUGUUCUCCGGCUUCUUUGUCAGCUUUAAGACCAUCCCCACUUACCUGCAAUGGAGCUCCUACCUCUCCUAUGUCAGGUAUGGCUUUGAGGGCGUGAUCCUGACAAUCUAUGGCAUGGAGCGGGGAGACCUGACAUGCUUAGAGGAACGCUGCCCAUUCCGGGAGCCACAGAGCAUCCUCCGAGCACUGGAUGUGGAGGAUUCCAAGCUCUACAUGGACUUCCUGGUCUUGGGCAUCUUCUUCCUGGCCCUGCGGCUGUUGGCAUACCUUGUGCUCCGUUACCGGGUCAAGUCAGAGAGAUAGACCUUGCCCCUGGCCUGCGCUCCAGCCCUCAUAGCAGGAAGCCUCCGGCCCCAGCCCUUUGGGACUGUUUUAACCUUGUAGACUUGGGCACUGGUUGCUGGUAUAGCUGCCCUCCUCUCCCUCAGUCCUCUACAGGCUGGCUGUUGGACUGUACUUCCAGCCUGGGCCCUGGGAGUGGGGGAUUCCAGCCCAUCCCACCAUGCCUAGGAGUCUUUCCAAGUUGAUUCUGUUCGUAGCUUCCUCCCUACUCUCUCCAGCACCUGCAUGCAAAGACCACUGGGAGGCUGCCACUCUCCUUGUCUGCGGCAUCCUCCUUGUUGUCUGCCUGGGAGCCCCACGCUCUCCAGGAUCCCACUUACAGCUGACCAAAGUGGCCCCCUCUGGGGGUCCCCACCACACAAGUGUUUGUAAACUGGGCUGCUAUGAGGUUGGAGUUCCAGGGCUGGGCCCUGGUGGGGUCCCCUGUAAGUCCCAUUAUGGAUAUUGGAAUGGAGCAGGGAAAGACUCUGGAAGUCUCUUCCUCCUCCUUUCUUCUCCCCACCCUUCGACCCUGGCUGAUUUGGACAAUCUGCUGAGACAGAAGCUGGGUUUUCUGUCUGGGUCACCACUCUCAAUCCUGGGGAUUCAAGAGGCCUGGGGCUUUGGGAUGCCCUCUCCCCAGCACCUUUUGUGGGAGGUGGGGCCUGGUGGCACAUCUGCAAUAAUGUCUGUGCUCCUCUCCCACCUGCCAAUGGAACUGGAGAAUGCACUUUAUUCCAGUGGUUGAGUUGGGGAAGACCCAACCCUCCUUUCUCGCUGCCUCAGACGCUCAGUCCCAAAAUGCUCCCUCCUCUCCGGAGUGACAGGCACACAUAUGUGAACAGGCAAUCUCAGCUGUACACACUCACCAUCUUCUUACAUCACAUAGGAAGAAUGAUGGGAUGGGGGGUGCCGUGGGGAGGGCAGUGCCAACCUCCUCCUGGGGAUUCCAGUUUGGAGGCUCUAAGGAGGAGGCUGGUGCUACCCAGGGUGUCUCCAGGAUCUGCAGGUAUCUACCCCCCAAUCUUGCCUCUCUUCCAAGCCAGGAGUGGCACAGGGAACUAGCUCCCUGGAGUUGAAGACCCAACACAGCACAAGCAUGGGCAUAGGUUGGCCUUGGCCACUGCCACCCCACGGCCCUCCUUUUGUGCUCCACACUGGCAUUCUCACUCCUCUAUCCCUUCUCCGGCAUCUUGCUGCUCAUUAAAACUCCUGCCCAUAAGGUCAGGCAUGGUGGCUCAUGCCUGUAAUCCUAGCACUUGGGAGGCAGAGGUUGGUGGAUUGCCUGAGCUCACAGGUUCGAGACCAGCCUGAGCCAGAGCGAGAUCUCAUCUUUAAAACUAGCUAGGCAUUGUGGUGGACGCCUGUAGUCCCAGCAACUCGGGAGGCUGAGACAAGAGAAUCGCUUGAGCCCAGGAGCCUGAGGUUGCUGUGAGCUAUGAUGCCAUGGCACUCUACCGAGGGCGACAAAGUGAGACUCUGUCUCAAAAAUAAAUAAAUAAAUAAAACUCUUGUCCAUGUCCCUCCUUCCUUUUCCAUCAGCAGGUGGCCCCUGGCCGUCAGAGCAGCACGCCCUGGGUACCAGGUGGCAGACACACCCAGAGCAUGUGUGGCUUUUUCGGUGGGUCUAGGCUCAUUCUUUUGAUUUCCCCUCCCCUAGGGCUCUUUUCCUGCCUUGUUCCUACACACAUCCCUCCGUACGGCCCUCACCCUGCCACAGAUUCUUCUCAUCACAAAGAGAUGCCAGUUGUAUUUGUGAGA